AUGGCCGGUGGUAAAGGAAAAUCUUCAGGCGGCAAGUCCUCGGGAGGUAAGGUCGGCGCAGAUGGAAGCAAGAAGCAGCAAUCUCACUCUAGCAAGGCUGGACUUCAGUUCCCUUGCGGUCGUGUCAAGCGUUUCUUGAAGAACAACACCCAAAACAAGAUGCGCGUAGGAGCAAAGGCAGCCGUAUACGUAACAGCAGUUCUCGAGUACCUCACAGCUGAAGUGCUCGAACUCGCAGGAAACGCUGCCAAGGAUCUCAAAGUCAAACGUAUCACACCCCGCCACCUACAACUCGCCAUUCGCGGUGACGAAGAACUCGAUACCCUUAUCCGCGCAACGAUCGCCUUCGGAGGUGUCCUACCACAUAUCAACCGAGCGCUGCUGUUGAAGGUUGAGCAGAAGAAGAAAAACAAGGCUAUCGAGGCCUAA